CAAGUAAUCAAUCGUCACCUCUACACACGAAAAACCCCAAUAAUUUCAACUUUAAUCUUUCAAGACACAAUAAUAAAUUAUGUGUUUGACUAAAAAAUAGUUUGAUAACUCAAAAAUCUGGUCACCAUACGAACUCAUAAGUAAACGGUGAGGAUAAUCAUUACUCUAGAAAAUGUAAAUGUUAGAAAUAUCAUACGCGAAGGUAGUAUAGGUGGAGUUGAAGGGUCGUCACUCGGAGCUAAUGGUAUGAAAAAUGGAAAUGGAAAAACCAAGAUGGUGGUGGACCUAAAUGAGGUCACUACUGAGAAAGUUGAAGAACCAAUGAAAGAAACCGAGGAAGAGUGUUCAGAGCUUUUAGACCCUUCAACGAGUAAGGCUGAAGAUGAGUAAGGGAACAAUAGAGGAAAAUGUGAUUGCACAGAAAGUGUUUGAAAAAAUGCCGGAACCAAGUGUAUUAAAAGUAGAAACAAAAUUUCGGGCUAUGCUGUUUAAGGAUAACCGUGCUCCAUCUAAAGGAAUGAAACUCAGAUAUAUCGAACCUGAAGGAGACAUUGUUGAUUUUUCAGGGGGUUUAUCUUGUGACCUAAUUUCUACUUGGGGUUAUUGCUUGGCAGGAUUCUUUACUUGUACUUUUCCUGGGAUGAUAGCAGUACAUAACCUGAUGCAAAAAUGGGGCGUAAGAUGUAAUCUUCUCCCACAUGAAAAAGGAUGGGUAGUUUUUCAAUUCAAAGAGGAUGAUGAUCGUGCAAAGGUCUUAAUGGAGGGCCCUUAUGAAGUGUUGGGUAGAUCUUUACUACUAAAGAACUUGCCAGAGGGCUUUAGUUUUGAGGAUGAAGAUUUUUUAAAAGUGCCUAUCUGGAUCAAACUGCCUAGGCUGCCUAUGGAUCUUUGGAAUGAGGAGCCUAUCAGUAAGAUUGCUUCUAGGAUCGGGGUACCCAUAUACAGUGAUGGUGUGACAAAUGAGAAAUCCAGGCCGGGAUUUGCGAGAAUGUUAGUUGAGGUGGAUGUAUCAAAACCACCACCCCUUUUCAUUGAUAUAAAGAUGCCUUCAAGAAAAAUUAGAAGACAAAUUAUUAUCUAUGAAACCUUUCCGGAUUAUUGCUUCCACUGCAAGAAAUAUGGACACCAUCCUUUCAACUGCAGAGCCUUGCACAAAGAGGAGAGGGAUAGAGAGAUUGGGGAGGAUCAUGUGAUAACAAAGAUCCAUGGAGAAAAUCAUACUGUAGCAGACAAGGAGGAAGUACAAGUUGUGAGGGGAGACCUUGAGAGUGAGAAGUUACAAAAAGGAAAGGUUGACAAACCUACUACUUCUGCUAUCUCAAUAUCUCCAACAAUAUCUGGUAGCAAUAAUGAGAGGAACAUAAAACAGGUGGUAUCUGGGAAGGAAACAUUGAUCAGUAAAAAGGAAAAAAAUCAUACAAAGGAGAAACCUAUCGUGGAGGCUAGGAAACUGGGGGAUCAACCUGUAAAAUUUGGGGAGGAUACAAAGGAAAAAGCAGCCCUGGAGAAAAAACAAAGGGGUGUUUAGGUAAAACAGAAAAAUGAUGGAUGAAAGGGCGUGAAGUGGAAUCAAGGAGGGAACACACAUUAAGAUUUUGAAACCACUUGCGUCUGGAAGUGGACCUCAAGUUCAAAUGAAGCAUAAAGUUGAUGGGGCUAGGGAUGGAAGAGUGAUGCAGGGUGUGGGGGAAGGGAAUUGUGUACCAAUCAAAAGUGUUUUAUGAAAGUGCUAACCUGGAAUGUGAGAGGUCUAAGAAAGGCUUCGAAGCAAGAUACUGUGGUUAAUUAUAUUAAAAAGUUUAGUGUGGGGUUGUGUGGGCUUUUGGAGACAAAGUUUAAAGACGAUGGAAAAUUAGGGGAGUUUGUUCGAAAGAAACUGGUGGGGUGGGAGUGUUGUAGUAAUUCCUGUCACAUACCGGGGGUCGAAUUUGUGUAAUUUGGGACCCAAGUAGAGUGAGUUGUAAUAUUCUUGUUAGUGGACCCCAAUUCAUACACUGUAGGAUCAAAUGUCUGGUCACACAUGUGUCUUUUUGGUUACUCAGGUCUAUGCGCUUUAUACAGUGGUUGAGAGGAGGUUGUUAUGGGAGCAUAUUGUUUGAAUGGGUCGGAUUAUUGACGCUCCCUGGACCAUACUAGGAGAUUUCAACUGUGUCAGGUAUCCACAUGAAAGAUUGGGAAGUAAUGAACCUCAAGGUUACCAGAUGACUGAUUUGGCAAAUUGUAUUAACUCCUUGAAUUUGGAGGAUGCUUCUGCUGUAGGUGAUCUCUUCACUUGGCAUAGGAAUCUGAAAUGGGCAAAGUUGGACAGGGUUUUGGUGAAUCAAGAAUGGAAAGAUAAGGGGAUGACGUGAUAUGUUAAUUUCUUGGGGUUUGACACUGCUUCUGAUCAUUGCCCCAUUAUCACUACACUGGUAAACAAUGAGGUGGGAAGUAAUAAACCCUAUAAAUUCUACAAUGUGUGAUUGAAAGAUCCUAGUUUCAAAGAUAUUCUGGUAGAGGUUUGGAGCAGAAAAGUCUAUGGUUGUAGGCAGUAUGUUUUGUGUUCCAAACUGAAAUCUCUCAAGAAACCGCUCAAGGAGUUGAAUAGAAGAAGUUUUGCACAUAUAUCAAAGAGGGCUUUAAAAGCUAAGGAGGAUUUUCAAGAGGCUCGACAAUUACUAGUCGGGGAUCCUUUAAAUGAGGAGCUGCUAGCUAAUGUUAAUUUCGUAAGGAGGAAGGCUGUUUUUUUGUCGGAGGAUGAAAAAUCUAUUUGGGAGUGGCAACCAAAGGAUAGUGCCUCUUUCCUUCUGAAGAAACUGGGAGGCAUUAGGGACAAACUGAUUAACAAGUUGGGUGGAAAACAAGCUGCUGUGAGGAAAGUUCAGUCAUGUUGUAUCUCAGGUGAUCUCAUACCAUCUAGAGUUUAUGAUAUUCUUAGAGUACAGGGGGUCAGUAAGCCGUGGAUGAAUUUUAUUUGGAAAUCCUAUAUUCCUCCUAAGUUUUCUUUCACAGUCUGGAUGUGCUUUAGGAAUAAGCUCUCAACAGCUAGUUCUCUUUGGUUCCUUGACAUUGAUGUUACAUGCUGUUUUUGUCUUGAUGAACCAGAAUCUGUUGAGCAUUUUUUUUUCAGGUGCCUGGUUACAAAUAUGAUCUGGAAGGGUGUAUGUGAGUAUGUGACUGGCUAGGAGUUAAAAGCAAUCUCUCAACAAUGAGUAGUGUUAUUAAGUGUUGCAAAAAGGAAUAUAAAGGAGCAAGAUUAAGGAGCAAGGCCAUUAGAGUAGCCUUUUGCAGCUCUGUGUUCACCAUUUGGAAGUGCAGAAACUCAAGAAUUUUUUAAGGGUGCCCUGCUAUAGUUCAGAACAUUAUUUUGCAGAUUAAAGUAUUGACAUAUAAGGUUUGGUAUAGGCUUUAUCCCAAUGAUAUGAUUGAUUUUUGAUACUCCAUUCAAAUUGUUAUGGUGGAGGUGUUUUUUUGUAGCUCUGAUUUUAGGCUGGUGAAUGAUUGGGAUGAUUGAACUGGGAUCUGUCCUGUGUUCUUGUAGCUGGGCUUUUUUGUUUAUCUAAAAUAAUACUACCGUUCCAAAUUGAUUUGCAAAUUUGAUUUUUCUUGGACAAACAAUUUCAUUUUAUUUGCUUAAUUAUGAUGUCAAUUUUUAAUUAUAUUCUAAUUUGGAGUUUGCAACUUUGAAGCUAUUUUAAUGUAGUUUCUGAAUAUGUAAAUUUUAAUUAUUAAAAGUUGAGUUAAAUAUUGAUAGGAAGGAUUGACUUUUAUUAUUGGUUCAUCAAAAAAUGUUGACUUUGCAAAAUAAUUUGGACGGAGGGAG